UAAAUUCUUGGAUGUUUUUGUUUCUCUGCGUUCCAUUCAACAAACCCAUCUUCUUCUUCUUCUUCUUCUUCUUUAGAUUCUGAAUUCUUUAUUCAUCGAUUGGCUUAGCUUCUUCUCUUCGACUCCUUGAUUUUACAGGUUUCUGUAUAUUCCGAGGAUCUGAAGGAAGCUAGGGUUUAUUUUCUUUAUUUAUCUGUAAAUCGGAUUGAUUUUUUUGGUGAUGGGCAAUCUCUAAAGAAGAGGUAGGUUUCUUACGGCUGUCUAUAUACACAUAGAAGAUGUUGGGAGGCAACAAUGAGAGCCCUGGGCCGCAGGUUCUAAUGAACGAUAGCCAGUUUCAGUACCAGACUAACACAUCGUUGAAUCAGCUUCACUCGCUUGGGACGAUGAGAGCUGGUUGUACUAUUGAUCCUGUAAACUAUUUUGCUAAUGAUAACCUUGCUCCAAUGAUUCGGCAUAUUAGCAAACGUGGAAGGGACACUGAAAUCAGCAAUAAUAUCCAGAGACAGCAGAAGUUGCAGAUCUCUUUGAACCAUAACUACAACAACAAUAAUAAUAUUGUUCAAGAUGAUGUCCCAAAGCAAAACAUAGUGUCAACUGGUCUGAGACUAUCUUAUGAUGACGAUGAGCGCAACUCUUCUGUAACUUCAGCAAACGGAAGCAUCACAACUCCAGUCUUUCAGUCACUUGGUGACAAUAUCAGUGUGGACCUCGAUAGACAGAAAGACGAGCUUGAUCAGUUUAUUAAAUUCCGGGCGGAUCAAAUGGCAAAAGGUGUGAGAGAUAUAAAACAGAGACAUGUAAAGUCAUUUGUCAUAGCCUUAGAAAAGGAUGUGAGCAAGAAGCUACAAGAUAAAGACCAGGAGAUUGAAACCAUGAACAAGAAGAACCGGGAACUCGUGGAUAAGAUAAAACAAGUGGCAGUGGAAGCUCAGAACUGGCAUUACAAAGCAAAGUACAACGAAUCUGUGGUUAAUGCCUUAAAGGUAAAUUUGCAACAAGUGAUGUCACAUGGAAACGACAACAAUGCAGCAAGAGUAGUAGCUGAUCAUCACCAAAUGAAAGAAGGGUUUGGGGAUAGUGAGAUUAAUGACGAGGCAGCUUCAUACAACUACUUGAACAUCCCGGGGAUGGCAAGUACUGGGAUGAGAUGCAAGUCGUGUAACAUAAAGGAUGUCUCGGUCUUGCUCGUGCCGUGUAGGCACUUGAGUUUGUGUAAAGACUGUGAUGUGUUUACUGGUGUUUGUCCUGUUUGCCAGUCUUUGAAAAAUUCAAGCGUUCAGGUCUUCUUCUCCUGAGUUUGUCUACAUACUCUUGGAAAGUUAAUGAUGGAGAAACAUGAACAUAUGUGUAUGUGAUGAUGAUGAUUUUGUCAUUGAACCUGUAUAACACGAUUCUGCUAUUUAGUAUUGAACAGCUGUGCUUUGAACACGAGAUACUAAUUGAGUUCGAGUGCGAUUUAUCAAAGCUGUUGAUUUCGAUUCA